AUGUCUCAAACAGACUAUGACAGCGAAGGUGGAGAUUUCCAAGAGGAUGUCUCGACCACUUCCAGUCAGCAGUCUGAAAGUUCGGCGACGACGACUGACUCAGAAUCUGAAGAAAAAAUGGACCCAUGGAUGCCGCUUAUAGAAGAAGCAAUGCAAAGAAGAUCUCCUCGCAAACCUGAACAUUCCCUCCAUCAAUUUGGUGUGUUUUGGAUGCCCGAAAGCGCAAAUACUGAUAAAAAAUCUAGUAUGGCUGGAGACCUGCGGAAAGCAUUUGGCAGCGACGCAUAUCAACAUUGUCCUAAAGUUGAAGUAGAAGCGUACGGAUUAUGGCUGGAGAGACAAAUAGUUGAAGAGAUCAGAAUGAAUCAAGAGAGCAAAAAAAGAAAAUAUGACCCAGGAAAGAAAACUGGUCUUUGGGAUGUGUUCAAAAGUUCGUCGAGUGUCGACUUAAAUGUUGUACGGAAGUUGGUAGAAUAUGGAGCUGAUGUAAACUGUACUGAUAAAUCAGGUGAAACUGUGCUCUUUGUUGCUGUAAGAUCUAGUCUUGUGGAAGUCACAAAAUAUUUAAUUGAUCACGGCGCUGAUGUUAAUUGGAAAAACAUUGUCAAAUCUUUAGUGGAACAUGGUGCUGAUGUCAAUUGGAAAGAUCAAAAUGACCAUUCACUUCUCUACUAUGCUGUACAAUAUCGCUCAUUAGACAUUGUCAAAUCUUUAGUGGAACAUGGUGUUGAUGUCAAUUGGAAAGAUCAAAAUGACCAUUCACUUCUCUACUAUGCUGUACAACAUCGCUCAUUAGACAUUGUCAAAUCUUUAGUGGAACGUGGUGCUGAUGUUAAUUGGAAAGAUGAAAAUGACCGGUCACUUCUCUCCUAUUCUGUGCAAUAUCGCUCAUUAGCCAUUAUCGAAUAUUUAGUGGAACGUGGUGCUGCUAAGGACCUUACCGAAACCGCAAAAUUUAACUGUUUUCACGCUAUUCGAAAACUUAAAGAUGAUGGUAAAUUCUUUUUUUCUUGUUAA